UAGGAAUUAUAGAUAAAAUAUUGUUUGUAGAUAAUAUGUAUUAUAUAUACAAAAAUUAUUGUGUAACAUAAAUACCUGAAUCGUAAAAAAUUGAUAAUUAGUGACUAAUAAGAACUGUAAAUAUAUAAAGUCAGUGAUUUUCCUUCAAGGAAGGUUUCUUAAAAAUGGUCACUGGACGAGCACUUCAUUUUGUAUUUAAAAUACCAGAUCGAAAAUUAACAAUUAAAUUUUAUCGAGAAAUUCUUGGAAUGAAGGUAUUACGACAUGAAGAAUUUGCUGAAGGUUGCGAAGCGGCUUGCAAUGGACCAUAUGGAAAUAGAUGGAGCAAAACUAUGAUAGGAUAUGGAACAGAAGAUACUCAUUUUGUAAUAGAAUUAACUUAUAAUUAUGGGAUUAAGGAAUACAAAAUGGGAAAUGAUUUUAAUGGAAUAACAAUUCGAUCUAAAGAAGUACUACAAAGAGCACGUUCAGAUGGAUGGCCAAUAAAAGAAGAAAAUGGAAUAUUUAUUUUACAAGCACCUGGUGGUUACAAAUAUUAUAUUAUUGAUGAAUCACAACCCAAAAAUAAAGAUCCUGUUGAAAAAGUAACUUUGUCUAGUUCAAAUCUUCAAAAAACUAUUGCUUAUUGGAAAAAUAUUUUAGAAUUAAAAAUAUUUAAUCAAACUGAGAAAAGUGUACUGUUAGGAUAUGAUGAAGAUCAAGCAAAAAUUGAAUUUAUAGAUAUUGGUACUGAAAUUAAUCAUGCUGCAGCUUAUGGACGCAUAGCAUUUUCAAUUCCUUAUACAGAACAACCAGAAAUUCAAAAGAAAAUUAAAGAUAAUGGAUAUAAAAUAUUAACUGAUUUAAUCACUUUAGAUACUCCAGGAAAAACUUCUGUAAGAGUAAUUAUUCUUGCUGAUCCAGAUGGUCAUGAAAUUUGUUUUGUAGAUGAUGAAGCAUUUCGACAAUUAUCAGUUCCGGACUAUGCUAGUGAAACAAUUUUAAAUAGAUAUAUUGCAAAAGAAAAAUAAAAAAUUAAGUUAUAUUUUUUAAAAAAUAUUUUUUUUGAAGAAGCAUUAUUUCAGUAUUUUUACAAAUUUGAAAGGUUGUGUUAAUAC